AUUAAUACAAAUCGCGAAUAGAAUAGAAUGGGCAGAUGCGUAUCGCGCGACUAUAUAUUCCGUUGCGAGAAAAAGUGUCAAGUUCGUGUGAAAUUAGAUAGUUUAUUAGAUACCGCUCGAUAAGGGAAUACAAUGCCUGAAUACCUGACGGCGGGAUACUCCAGCGGACCUCGCAUAAUGGCAGGAUGUUUAUGCUUCGCGCGAGUCGUAAAUUUAAGGGACGCGUGUACGAUAAAGUUGCCAGCCGAGUUCUUUAACGGAAAACCAUUAAUACAGUGUUUCCCAAACUUGUGUCUCUGCCGUGUAAUAUGUUAUCGCCAGACUGUGGCUGUUUCUGCGAAUUCACGUUAUGUUAUCAAUGUAAUUUCAAAGGCAGAGCGAACCCAGGAAUGUACACUUUUGUACACUUUUGGCUAUUAUUCUGUUCAUUCUUACAUUUUUGUAUCUAUAAUUUAAUGAAUUUCACGUUAUCUGUUUCUUUAAAAAGAAGAAAAAAACUUCAAAGAUAUGUCUGUUUACUCCUCAAUUUUAUAAUAAUAAAACUGUGGAUUUUUCUACGCACUGUAAAUAUAAAGAAAUUUGAAAGUGCAACACAUACAGAGUGCAUACAAUGUGGAAAAACAUUCUUCUCCCUGGGUUCCAUUCUUGCAAUUACAUUUGAAAGAAUAUUGAUUUACAUAAAUGUGAUAAAUACUGCAUGCAUGAGAUAUUAUUUAUAGUGUUUCAGUUUUGGAUUUUAAUGGCAUUUUAAUGGACGACUUGAUAAAAGAAAAGGAAAAAAGUUUGAUUACGCAACCUGUUCGUGUCUAGAGACUGGAAGCCAGUUGUUGAGAGGCACUGCGUUACAAUGAUACGCAACAGAAUGAACGAGGAUUAUCUGCUCAAUGAUAUUAGAUCUUCUCAAACGAGUCCUCAUUAAAAACUUCUUGUUCUUUUGAUGUUCGAACUCAUUAAACUCGAUUCUCGAUAUGAUUACCGCCGUAAAUCAUUGUUAUUAAGAUUUCCAUACGCAGAUGGCGCAGGAAGUAAACGAGGAAUACACCUUCCGGUUUGAACCCAUCUUCCUAGCGGAUUGACAGGCAUAUUCCUACGAUAAUGCUUCUGUGUCUAAUGGUACAGUCUAGUUUGAAUUGUUCUCCACGCGUGCCAAGAAGCAAAAAUAGCCAUUGUAACUUCCUUAUGGGAUGCCUGCCCUUUGAAGUGGCCUUUGCUCGACCACAUUUCACAGCACUGAUGUCGUCCUCAACACCUUCCGCUAAACUUGUCCCGGAGAACGCUGCAAUGCAUAAUUUGCAAGCUCUCUUCCCUUCUCACGGUGAAAGAACUGUUGUAAAUCUCCUCUGGCGGAGGGGAGAACUGUGUAAGCCAACUGUGGUGGUGGUCUCUUUCACUGGAUGUUGUUGGAAGAUUGGAAGUUCAACUCUUCGACACACGAACGAAACUUUAUUUACCUACUUUUCUCACUGCGAUCUUUGAGGAAUUUUAGAAUUCGACUGUGGAAAGCUCCCAAGACUGGCUCAUUAUACAGCACUCUCGACAAAUUUCUGAUCUCAUUAAUCAGAUUCCAAUUUGUUUAUUCGUAUCUCCUACCUUCGCUGAAGUUUCUCUCCAUUCGUAACGUUACGCAACUUCACCGGACCGUUGAAAACCAAGACCAAUUUAUUUUUAUCCCCUGGCUUUGGUACAUUUCCUUCAUAUUUAUUAUGUUAUACAACUUGACCGAACCACUAAAGAAGUUCGUUCGUCCGCGUCCACUAUCUCCGCGAGCCGAUAUUUAUUAUGUUUUCCAUACCGCAGUGCAGUUUAAAAAGCAGACCUUAUCUCGGCCAUAAGUCUCGUUGCUUCACUUCCAUUACCAUACAACCGAUCCAGCCUGCAACUUCACUUGCAAAAGAUCGUCUGACGUGUUUAUGCGCGCUAUGAUUCUUAAUUAGCGUCAUUAUAUGACACGUGGGAGAUGGCGCGUCGGCUUCCAAUCCAGGAUCCUGACUUCGCCCAACGCAUUAGUAGUGCCUGCUCGAUCCCGUUGGAAAUUUGCUACGCGAUCGAGUCCGAUCGAGUAAUUACAUCGAGCAAGAUGUACCGUCUUCGGUCCCGUGACUUUUAACACUGUUCCACGUCGUCCAGUGUGAAAUAUGCUCGUCGCUUGUGGCAGAAAAAAAUCAUCAUUCCUGCAUACAAGGGGCAAGGGGAGGUUUUAUGGUUGAUUUACCGACGCGAUCGCUGUUCGAAAAUGCUUUAGGCUUAGCGUGGCAACCACUACGGCGAUUUGUAGUGGCGGUGAUGGGUCAUUUGUAACUCGAUUAUGACUCGGUUGCUAUUUGUUUCAGUCCGUGUGACUUUUCAGAUGAGGCAACAUGGCGUAUGUACCAUUUGCAGAUCUCUCCGGCAGUGUUUCUGUCGGUUUGGGCAACAAGCUGUGCUCGUAGUUUGUCUUUGACUCGAUUAGACGUUACGGGAUUAACUUGGGAAUCAUAAUUUGGAAUGUGUGGUUCGCUGAGCAUUCCAAAUGAUGCGUGGAGGGAGGCUCUUACAUUUUUUUCUCCAGCAGAAGAAUUUAAUCUUUUGUCUGUGUAUAGAAUUUGGGAGAGACAUUCAUAAUUUAUUGUUCUUCCAAAUUCUGUUUCAGAUAUUGCAAAAGAACCAAAAAAAUAGAGAUAAAUCUAAAGGGAUAGAAGCACACGAAGAAGAAGCCCAGGAGGAGAACAGCGUAGUUAAAAGAGGGCAGCUUUCGUGAGAACGUGCCAUAAUUUUCCAACAGUUUCACUCAUCACUGACGGUAUCGGUAUAUUAGUGGCGUAUAUCUCAUCGAAAAUUCGCCGGAUGUCUUGUCGGCGUUCUUUGUUUUCGAGGCCCUUUUUCAUCCGUUUACAAAGCGAUGGGAACAAUUUGAUAUUUUUCAUUCGGCUUUCAUACGCGGCACAUCCGUCACGGUGUACCGGUUAUAAUCUCAUUGUUGGCCAGUAAAUUAUGCCAUUUCGUUUCAGCUCUCGCUCUUCAGGCCGAUUCAACGAUAGAUCCUUGUUAAUGAUACGAGUCCGUUGGUACAGCGCCUGUCAUGAUUACGAAAACCGUUGCGCGCCGAGAGAGAAGAAACCACGAUCGAUAGCCUCCCGAUUAAUCGUCUCCUUGGUACUUCGGUAGUCGAUGCAGAUAUUGGCAAAUUUUCUGCGAGAGCCGAUGACCGAUGGUGCGUAACGUGUCCACGAAAUGAUUUAUCAUGUUACUCAGAGCGGUCCAAAAGGCAAACAUAUUCCCCGUGAAAUCAAUUAAACGUCACAACAUCAUUAAGACUCGGGAGCACGGCACAAAACCGUAGAAAGUCAGCCAAUUAAUUUUCCUCGGUGCCAUCUCCAUUUAUAAUUGCACAACUUUUAAACAGUGUGUCCCUAAUGUGAGUUGAUGUUCAAAUCGUCGGGGGUUGAGGGAGAAGAAGAACCCUUGGCACACUUUCAAUCAUCAGAAAAAGGAGAAAGUGAUUGCAAAAUAUUGGCCACUUCACGAGAUCUUCUAACACCUGUUGUUGCAGAAGAUGAUGAACGUUUACGCUUGCUUGCGUAACGAAGAGAGAUUAUUCUUGACUCUACUAAUUUUAGAAUGCUUCUUUAAAGGAAGUUACAGAAUAUCUGCUGAUACAUUGAAAUGGUGAUGUCAGAUUCUUAGGAAAGAAUUAUUGUUCUCUCCUGAAGCUUGUUUCCACUGUACAAAAUUGCUCUAGUUAAAAAGUUGAGACACUUUCAUUAUCUUUAUAUAGAGCAUAGAUGAUAACAUCAAUAGUCAUUUAUAGUUGCUUUAAAUUAUUAUCAGACUGUGAGUAAAAUUCACUUGUGUCUAUGAAAAUAUAAAUAUUCACAAAUUGAUUAUGCCAAGACAACUUCAUCCAGAUGUAGAAAAAUUAAAAAAAGAAAUUUCUCUAGAUUUAGGAAUUUUAAUAAUGUGUAAUAAAAAAAAAACUGAAGUUAGUAAUAAUGUUAAUUGUUUUUGAUACUAUUCUACUAUACUUAAAUAAUCGGAGUUUUACUACCAUAUCAAGAUGA